AUGCGUUUCGAAUUUCUUUCCAUGUCGGUCGACUUUGCGCCCACCAACAACGCAUUGAAUGGUGCGUUAUUAGGUCAUUUGACUGAAAUCCAUAACUUAUAACAACAUUUCUUAUGAAUGCAAUUAACCUCUUAUACUCUGCCCAAUUUAUAAUUUGAGAUACCUUUAUAGACGCCGGAUUCCCGUCUAAGAAACCAUUAAUCCCAAACUACCUUUCCAAAAAAUUAGAAGCUGAAAAACAGCUACACAGCCCCCGUGUGAGUUAUUUAUUCAUAUUCAUAUUUUCGACCUAGUUACCACAAUCAAAAACAAUGAACCAUUGCAGCAAGGCUUCGGGUACUAGAAUCUCCCGAAAAAAAAACAACUCAAUUUUUUUCAGAAACACAUGAAAAAUCGCCGAAAGUCUUCACCCGGCAUUAUGAUGGGUGGGUCAGAACAAAUUAUAAAAAACGACAACCAGAUAAUUCAGUCAGUUUAAGUGAGUUUACUGGAUAAUGAGGUUUUCGCCCUUGGGCUGCCUAUUCAUAACCAUUAACAGAUAUAGAAUCAAAUGCAACAUUUAUGUUACAAAGCAUGCUACCCCCUAUAUUUUAGUAACAUUACGUUUUACAAUUUUAGCUAUCUCCUGA